AUAGAAUGUUAAAAUAUAGUUCAAACUUGUAAAAUGCCAUCAAAGAUCGGAUAUUCCGUGGUUGGUAGCACGGGUGAAGCGGAAGGUUAUGGCGCAAAAAAUCUUGAACACCAAAACCCUACCAUACCUGGGUGGCAAACACCAAGGUUUUGUGUCUACCCACAAGAAUUGAUCAUCAGAAUGAACGAGCGAACAAACGUAAAGAAACUUCAGCUUCUCGCUCAUCAGUUCAUGAUUCCUUCAAAGAUUGAAUUCUUUGUUGGAACGAAUGAGUCAGCAGAUAGUUUUAAGCGACUCGGGUACAUCUAUCUGUCAAACAAUGAGAAAACUGGUUUCAAGGCCCGUGAAUUAAAGUCAGUUCAUGUUGAUGCAGAUGGUCACUUUCUACGACUUGUUGUUCAUAAAAACCACAUGAACAAAUUUAACCUCUACAAUCAGGUUGGGAUUAUGGCUUUCAAUGUUAUUGGUGAUGGUAUAAGCAAGAGACACCCACUUAAACCCAUCAGUAGCGGUACCACAAACCCUUUAAACUACAGCAUUGAAGGUUCUAUUAAUAAACCAGAUUAUAUUUCACCUAUGGAUGAUCUGGCGUUCGAUAUGUACCAGGAUCCAGAGGUAGCUGGAAUUAUCAGGAAACUUGAUGUAAAGAAACAAAAAGCUGUUAUAGCUGAAAAUUUUGACGUAGCAAAACGUAUGAAGCAAGCCAUUGCUGAUCUGCAGAAAGUUGGUGAAAAACUUGCAAGAUAUGAAUUGGACAAGAGAAGAGCUGUGGAACAUGAAGAUUAUGAUCUUGCUAAGAGCAAGAAAUCUCAAAUGGAUGAAUACAGACUAAAGGUGUACCAGCAACUACAGAAAUAUAACUUACUUGAAGAUGCUGGUAUCUCACCUGUGAAGCAGAAUGGAGAGCAACCAUUACAACAAGUUCAAGAGCCCCAACCAAGCCCACGCAGGGUGAUAUCGGAACCCAUAGUUUCCCCCCGACCUCAACCAUCCCCUCCACCCAUGGAGUCCCCAUCACUAUUUGUUCCACACGAAGAAAUUGCCUCUCCAAGACUUGAACCACCACAAGAACAGAUCCAGGAAAAAGUUGCUUCACCUGAACCAGUGGCUACGUAUUCACCUCGUGUCCGUCAUUCACCCGCCAUUUACGAUGAGAAAGUCAUUCCUGCUCUCGUGAAACAUAAAGAUCCCGAUCCUUUCCUGGAGGAUGAGGUCCCCUCUCCCCGACAAGAAUUUUCUCCCGACAAACCUUCAGCGCCCUCCGGUGAACCAGAAGCAAUGUCAGAGAAAAGUAUCCGAGAAGCUUCAUCUGUGAUUGAUGUCUUCGGACUUCCACUGGUAUCUGGUGCAUAUUCAAAGACAUGGUCGUUUCGUGAAGACGCCUUGCUUGCUGUGUACAAACUUUUAUCAAACGCUCCCGAGACGAUAUCUAAAGAUGAACUUAAGUCGCACCUUAGAGCUGCUAUCUUUCUUAUCAGAAGAGCUAUCAAAGAUAAAGUCCAUGCAGUGUUUCAUGCUUCACUUCGACUACUAGAGUUAAUCCUGGUGGAUUUUGUUCCUAAACACAAGUUAGGAAAAGUGGAAACAGUUCACGCUGUGUCACGUACACUUCCAAAUCUAAUCCAGAAAACUGGAGAAACUGCUGCUCGUUCCCGUAACGCUGCUAUUGAGUUUAUCGAUCGCAUGAGUGAGUUUGCUAUGGUCCACCAGUAUCAGUUGGUUGCGCAACAAGCAACGCCUCCGUUCAAGCGUGACAUGGCGAUGAGACUUGCACUGAGUAGAGUGGAAAUAUUGGAACGACUUUUUACUAAAUUUGGACUUGAACCUCCUGUGUUAACAGUGGAAACAGGGAUGAAGUUCGCUUCCCAAGCUCUCUCCCACUCCUCCGGAUCAGUUCGUGAUGCGGCAACUAGGAUCAUCUUUCUUCUUUAUAAGAUCGCUGGGAAUGCAGUGAAAGCUUAUCUACCACCGGAUGAUAAUACAACGAGAAAGAAUCCACUUUACAGGAAUAUAUUUGAUGGGUUUGAUCGAAUAUCUGGCAAACUUACUCAAUCGGAACUGAAAGCUCAACAACAAGCUAAAGCAGCGGAAAGUGAGAGAAAGAAAAAACAAGAGAUCGAGGAUCUCCAAUCACAAGUCAAUCAACUGCGGCAGAUGAACAACAUGGUGGCGAAUGAGCAGGUGCAACAACCAGCAGUUGGAAAGAAAUCAAAGAAAUCGACAACCAAACCACCACCACCACCUGCUGAAGAAGCAAGUCCAAACAAAGCAGGAGAUGAAAAUGAUUCAACUUAUCUGGAAAACAUGUGUAUCUUCUGUGGAGAAAGAGACGAUGCAUUCACAGAGGAAGGUUUAGAUUUACAUUAUUGGAAACAUUGUCCGUUACUUAAGAAAUGUGAACAUUGUAAACAGGUGGUUGAGGUAGCAGGUUACUGUGGCCACCUGUUAACUGAGUGCGACAAGAAAAGUGAAUUUGGUGAGUGUCCGCGAUGUAAGGAAGCAAUACCAUUGACGGACCUGGAUAAACAUGUGGCAGAUAAAAGAUGUACAGCGGCCAAACCUGGUUUGGAUCAUUGUCCGCUUUGCCACAAGAACAUUGCGUUGGGUGAAGAAUCAUGGAAAUCUCACUUGAUGGGGGUAAAGAGAGAUGCUUGUUUAGAAAACCCAAGACGUCAGCCUUCUAUUAAUAGACUUCGAGCAAAAGAAGAAAGCGAAAAGGCAGCUGCAGCUGGAAAAGGGAAAAAGAGCGGCGUCGGUAACGUGAAAAAACAACAGCGAAGAUAAGUUGAUAUUACUACAUGUGCAUUAAUUAAACGGGCCUGUGUUAUACUUACACCUUUCCCACACAGUUUAACUCCCAAGUACGUCUUAUGUUAAGUACCACUGUGAAUUGUUGCACUAAACGUAUUCGUACUCAUGGUUUUCAUAAUAUACAGUGCGUUGGUUUUAAAACUAUCACUGUUAUAGUGUGCCUUGUUCCGUUAAAAUAUUCUGCAUUCGAAAAUUUCGCUAAAAAAAGGACUUAGACACUGUUGUCAAAGCGACUUAUUUAAUUUAAACUUUCCAACAAAAAAUUCCUAGAAAUUCGAACAUGUAUAUUUGAUGUUACAUCAUUGCUAGCAUAACGUCUCGUCUAGUAGUUUCUUCAUGGGUUUAGUGUAAUUUUAAUUAAUACAUUGUAUGUCAUAUCUAUUUAUAAAUUCUGUAGCAUGUAUGUCUGUAUUUUAUCAGCUUGUUAGCAGGACGCAGUAUUUGUUUAGUUUUGACAACCUGAAACAUACUCUAAUCCAAAACUGCUUAAACAACCUACACACAAAUGUGGCAAAUGCCAACUUAAUAUGAAUGGAAUUUUAAUUGUCUCCCUCUGUGGUUCUAGUUAUGUAUGAUCCUUUUGUAUUUCAGCAUGGUACAUUAUUUAUUUAUUUUUAUUAAAUCCAUGGUUUCAGUUUUAUCUGUAAAUUAUUUCUGGUGACGCACGUUGCUUUGGUUUCAGUUGAAAUACAUCAUAAUUUUUUUG